UCCUGCUGAUUUUUGCAUUCCCAUUCCGGUCCGUUCACGACCAAGCUGCAUAUUAGAGCACGAGGUGUUCGGUGACGAAAAUUCACCACCAACCACAGUUAUGUGAUAACUGCUCCGCGUGGCAAAUUUUUUGCUAACCGAACCGUGACCACGUGAGAUUAGUAGUGCGAGUAUAACGUGUUAAAAUAACGCCAAAGAACAGUGCCAAAGGCCGUGAGAAGCUAUCGAGAAUGGGUUUGAACGGAAGUGAAGCUCGAAAAGAUUCCAUUACAUCAUCCACGUCGUCGGCAAAUUUGGAUUUGGACUUGUUACAGCCACUGUUUGUGAAAUUUGAACCAGAUUUAACCAUUGAGUCUUAUGAGGAAGCGCAAGGAUCGGGGCGUGGUGAUAACUACACGGCGGCACUGUUUCGCAUUGCGUUAAAAGGACAUACGCAACCGGCGGGUAGUUCAAAGAAGCUGAAAUGGGAGAAAAGCGUCAUCUGCAAGCGUUUGCCGGAUUGUAAGAUCAAGCGGGAAGCAUUCAAAAGCGAGGCCUUGUUCCGGAAUGAGGUUGUCUUCUACAACUCCAUCAUGACUGAGUACAGCGAGUUCCAGCGUCGCCAGCUCGCAGCGGUUAGCCAAAGGGAACAGGAGCAGACCACAUUUCGAGCCGUUCCACAGUGCUACCUAGCGCGGGACGAUCUGCUAGUGCUUGAGGAUCUCCGCGUCCGGUCGUUCACCAUGCCGGACCGUCAGGCCGGACUUGGGCCGGAAGCGCUGCGGGCAGUGCUCGUGGAGCUGGCACGAUUCCACGCCGUCAGUCUGGUCUACAAGCAGCAGCAUCCGGCGGAGUUCCAGAAGCUUACCAGCACCAUAUCGGAAGGAAUUUUCUCGCUCGCCAAUGCUGAAUGGUACCGGAAGUACUAUGACGUCCUGACGCGGAACGCUGUGCAGAUGGUGCGCCAAGCCGUACCAGAGAAGACGGAUCACUUGGCCAAACUGGAGAUGUUUUUGAGUAACUGCUUCGGCAACCUGGUGGAACUGGUGAGUCGGGAGAGUGAACUGUCGGUCAUUUGCCACGGCGAUUGCUGGACGAAUAACGUGCUGUUCCGGUACAGUCCGGAUGGAGCGAUUGCAGAGACUUGCCUGGUGGACUUCCAGCUGAUCCGUUACGGUUCGUUGGCGCUUGACCUGGCUUACCUAAUUUACUGCUGCACGGAUGGAGCGUUGCGGAAGCAGCAUCUCAACAGCUGGUUGCAGACGUACCACCGACAGCUGGUCAAGUCCUUGAAGCUUCUCGGCUCGUUCGACGUGCUGUUCCACUCGGAACAGCAGCUGAGACAGUUGAUUGACGAUGAGUUUAAAGUUUGCGCCCGUUUCGGGCUUGGCACAGCGAUGGAUAUGCUUCCGAUCAGCUGCUGCUCGUCGGAGGAGGCUCCCGAUCUGUAUGCUAGUGGUACUGAAACGGCAGCCACGCCACCGGAACUGAACGUCCCACCGAACGCGCUGUGCCGAAGGAAAAUGACCGAGCUGGUGCUGGAGCUGAUCGAUGGUGGUAUGCUGUGAGUGGACUACCAAUGUUGGCAUACCUGAAAUGAAGCCCCCGGAUGUCGUGGAAGGUUAUAGGGUAGCUUAAUACUUUGGCAGUAUUUCGCAAGAUAGUUUUUAGGAUCCUUAGUACAAUUGAAACAGAAACACAUAUACUACAGUACCGUUUUUGCU